AUGAUAUCCUUUGAUCAAUAUUUAUUGGAGUCCAUAUUCAAUUAUUCAUCAUCAUCUUCCAUACAAGUCCUGUAUGAUUUUACCAAUGAAACCAAACGAUCAUUGAAGAUUCAUGGCUUAUUAGUAUUUGAUGGACCAACAGGAUACAAGAGUAUUCGAGUUCCCUAUGAAUUGAAACAAUUCCAUUUUCACACACCUUCUGAACAUGUGUUUAACUGGUUUUCAUAUGAUUUGGAAAUGCAUUUGGUAUUUCAAAGAGGGGAUUUGUCGCAAAAGUUGGAUGAGGCCAAGAAAUUCAAAUCGGAGCAAUGGAGUGAUCUGGAAGCCCAUAUUCCUCGAAUUGCUGUGUUGGAGUGGUUUUUCAAGCUGACAAGUGGCAUGUUGUUUGAUUUGAUCCCUCUUCGACAAGACAUUGAUCCUCUCUUUUCAUAUUUCGUUUAUAAUGGUAGUUUGACCACUCCAAAUUGCAAUGAGAAUGUCAUGUGGAAUGUUGUAAAUCCAAACAUCUUUUUGGGAGCCUCUCAAUACAUUUCUUUGAAUCAAAUUGCUGUCUUGAGACAAAUAAUGAAUCAAGCACAACAUGAUGUCACUUCAAAGACCAAAGGGAGAGGAGGAAACAUUCGAGUGUAUCAAUAUGUCAGAAGUGUUGGAAACGGAUAUUUAGGAAACAAUCGACCACUUCAACCAUUGAAUGGAAGAAAAAUCAUUAACAUUACCAAAUUAGCAACAAGUGUCCCUUCAUGA